AUGCAUGUCCAGAAGCAUUUUCUGAUUUUUAGGUUGCAAAAGCACACUAGGGUGUUUUUACAUGAGCUGUAUGAAGAUUUCGUUCAGCUUGGAUUCCUUCCAAGGCAUAUUGCAAAAUGGGUGGCUCCACUGUCAGACAUUGGUCUUUUCAUGUUUUCUGCAUAUAUUUACCCCAAAGAAGUCCUUGCAACUGCUUUAGAAGGAAGCAACAAGAAAGUAAUACUGAUGCUUUAUGUGUAUUUGGGACCUUCGCCUUUUGACAUUUGUGAAGUCACACAACUUGAGCGUCUUUCUGGAAUAUGCUCUUUAGUUGCAUCAAUUCAGAGGUGUGCUGGCCUCUGGCGACUUAAUGAGGUUUUGGAUCAGUUCAAGUGGCCUGAACAUUUAGAAUCUGAGUUCUUUUUUGGUUCGUCCUCAGUUGGAUCUGUAAAUCCUCAAUUUUUAGCUGCAUUUUCAGCAGCAGCUGGAAAGAGAUCAUUGCCGUUCUCUGAAUCUGAGGAGUCUGAUCCGGAUUGGGGCUGUUGGAGUACCAGUCAAGAGUUAAAAAAUCCCUCUAUCAGGAUUGUUUUCCCAACUAUCAAUAGAGUGAAGAACACAAGAAGUGGUAUUUUGGCAUCGAAGCGCCUUUUGUGCUUCUCACAGAAAACUUGGCAGAAGUUGAAAAAUGUUGGCAUACUCCAUGAUGCAAUUCCUUAUCCCAGUGACAGAGUCGGGCUUCCUAUGCACGUCAAGGUAGGAUGCAGACGGUUCCGCUCUAGGACAGAUGCAUCCUCCUUCGGAUGGGUUUAUUGUGGAUCGCACAACUUCAGUGCAGCCGCCUGGGGAAGGCCAAUCUCCAAUUCGCUAGACAGACAAGCCAAUGGAGAUUCGAGGAAUAAUCCCGUAUUAGGUUCAAGAUUACACAUUUCUAAUUAUGAGCUUGGAAUCAUUUUCGUUGACCCCCCACCAGGCGCAGUAGAUUGUGUCAAACAAAGGAGUACAACCUUGGACGAUAUUGUUUUGCCCUUUGUCGUGCCUCCACCAAAAUACGGACCAGGAGAUGCUCCCGCAACAGCACAGGCAAUGAAGGAAGCAUUAGCUGAGCUUAUAGAGCAAGAAAGAGAAAAAUGUGAAGCUGCUGCAGCUGUGCAGGAUUGGACAGAAGAGGAAACACCAGAAGAGGAAGAAGAGGAAAUUAUGGAGACUGCUCAAUAUGUCACAAUGGAGAAGGAAGAUGAAAAGGCUUAUGCUGAUAAACUGUGGAGCCAAGUUGAUUCUUCUGAGAGCAGUUGA